AUGGGAUACGGAGUGGCAUAUAGGACCUACCACAAUGUUGUAGUUCGCAAACAGAUAACUCCAAAUUUGCCGCAAUUUACAGCGGACAUGGUCGACGAAGUUGUAAUCGCAUUUGAGGACCAGAUUGGAUCGCCUAAAGAUUGGAAACCUGUACCUCUAUACCAAUACAUCGCAAUAACCGUAGCGCGAGUUAGCAAUCGGAUAUUCGUUGGGGGAAACUUCUACAGAAACACCGAAUACCUUCAAAACGCAACCGACUAUGCUCAAGCCGUAGUUCUCUCUGCCGAAGUACUCCGGUUAUUUCCGCAUUGGGCAAAAAAGUAUGUAAAACCCCCCGGCAUUGGAGCUAAACGCUGCAGAUACCUUGUUAAAUUCCUACCCGUUACCACGUGUAUGCGCAAAGCAAUGAAUUUCCUUGGACCGAUGGUACGGGAUCGCCUAGACGGCAAGUAUCCAGAUGGCAAGGAACCGGAAGACUUGGUUCAAUGGCUUAUUGAUGAGGCGCCACCUGUUGAAAAAACUGAGUAUCAAAUUGUGGAGAGAGUUAUGGCCCUCAACGUCGCCUCCAUUCACACCACUACAAUGUACAUGGAGACGUUGCGGGCUGAAGUGAUCCGAAAUCUAGUGGACGGACGAAUUACACAUGAAACUAUUCAGAAUCUGAUCUUCAUGGACAGCUUCUUACGUGAGUCAGCGCCUGCCAUGCAAAGACACGCAAGGCAAACUUUCACUUUUUCAGACGGGACGAUUAUCCCGGCCGGUGCAAAAGUGGUCAGCCCUAGCCGGAUCUUGCAUCGCGACCCCACUUCUUACGACAACCCUGAAUCCUUCGAAGGCUUUCGAUUCGUUCAAGCGAAAGAUGGUAGACCAGCGCUUGAGAAAACAGUGGUGACCACCGGCACAGAUUUUCAUUUGUUCGGUCACGGAAGGCAUCCUUGCCCGGGUCGGUUCUUCGCUACUCAUGAGAUGAAGAUCAUGUUUGCAAGUUUAAUUCUACGCUAUGAUGUUGAGCUAGUGGCUGGCACAAAACCAAAAGAAACAUACAUCGCAACCAUGGCUAUACCAGACACUGCUCUCAACGUAAUGUUUAAAUCACGCGCAUAA